ACGUGGAGAACGCCAGGGAGCUGUGAGAGUGUGCAGUCGCGUUCCUGCUGUCCGGACACUUUUUUCCUCUACUGAGACUCAUCUGGCAGAUCCGCAGGCCAGUCCUCCCAGGGGCUGAAGUGCUGCGACGCCGCCAUUGGCUUUGUGGUCGUGAAGGGGCCAGGACAGUGUGAAAUAUGGGUUUUCUAAGAAGAUUAAUCUAUCGGCGUAGACCAAUGAUCUAUGUAGAAUCUUCUGAGGAGUCCAGUGAUGAGCAACCUGACGAAGUGGAAUCACCAACUCAAAGUCAGGAUUCUACACCUGCUGAAGAGAGAGAGGAUGAGGGAGCAUCUGCAGCUCAAGGGCAGGAGCCUGAAGCUGAUGGGCAGGAGCCUGAAGCUGAUAGCCAGGAACUGGUUCAGCCACAGACUGGGUGUGAGCUUGGAGAUGGUCCUGAUACCAAGAGGGUGUGCCUGCGAAAUGAAGAGCAGAUGAAACUGCCCGCAGAAGGGCCAGAGCCUGAAGCGGAUAGCCAGGAACAGGUUCACCCGAAGACUGGGUGUGAGCACGGAGAUGGUCCUGAUGUCCAGGAGUUGGGCCUGCCAAAUCCAGAGGAGAUGAAAACACCUGAGGAAGAUGAAGGGCAAUCACAGCCUUAAAAGAAGACACGCUGAAAUGGUGCAGGCUGCUCCUGUGUUGGAAAUUUGACCAUUAAAAUUCUCCCAAUAAAGCUUUACAGCCUUCUGCAAAGAA